AUGGAAACAGGCAAUCUUCGUAAUGAAGACUUCCGAAAGUUACUGACUGCACCGAAGAAGGUGCUACCUGAGGGAUCUGGAUCAGGUGGUGCUUCACAUUCAUUCACACACAGACAUCAAGCAAAGCCCGAGAAGAAGAAAGGAGGAGGAGGUCAUAAGCAUAAAAAGGAGAAAAUCGAGAGCAACGAAGAUGAAGCUAAUCUCAAAGAAAUUCUCAAAAAUUAUCGCGAUCGAGCCCUCGAACGGCGUCUGAAAGGAAAUGAUGAUAACGACGAAAUUGUGAAGUUGGCAGCGGCAUAUCGUGCUAUGCCUGGAGAUGCACGUGCAGUUACAGAUAAAGCGAAUCUCAGAAGACAAGCCAUUGAGGAGUCCAAAUAUCUUGGUGGUGACAUGGAACACACUCACUUGGUAAAAGGUCUCGAUUAUUCGCUGCUUAAUAAAGUCCGAAGUGAAAUCAACAAAUCGCAAACGGAAGUUGACACAGUGGAUGAACUUGAACUUGCAUUUCCGCCACAUCUGAUUUUUCAGGAUCAGAAGGGAGUGGACGCUGUGGAGAAGAUGUCAGACAAUCGGAUGGUCCGCGGCAUACACCGUAUUCUGUUCAAAAAUGAGUUACCACUUCGAAAUGAGUUGUUCGGAAAAGGACGUAUGGCAUACGUGGUUGACAUGGAAGACGAAGAGGCUGAUAUUCCCACUACGUUGCUCAGAUCUGUUCACGACUGCCCUAAAGCAGAGUCGAAUGCUAACAUCAAUGCUAACAACAUGUUGAUUUCGAAAUUGACGCAGGUGCUUUCUUAUCUUCGCGCUGACCACAAGAAGAAGAAAAAACCAGAAAUGACAGAAGAAGAAGCAAAGAAAUACCAGUCUCAGAGUAUUUAUGAUAACGAGACCGAGUAUGCACCGAAAAGAGAUAAGGACAAAGAUCGUCGCGAUAAGGACAGGGAUCAAAAGAAAGAUCGCAAUUAUUUCGAGACCAAAGAUGACCGAAACAAACGUGAUGACCGCGACAGACGUGACAAAGAUCGUGAUAGGCGUGGUGGACGUGAACAUGAUCGUCGUGAUCGUGAUAAGGAUAGAGACCGCGAGCGAGAUCGCGAAAGGGAACGCGAACGGGACAAGGAACGCAAGGAACGGGAAGAGCGUGACAAAGAAAAACGUCUAGAAGAAAAAAUGGAGAAGAGGAGAAAGGAAGCGGAAGGAGGAGGGUAUGAUGAAUGUUAUCCUGGAGGAUUAGCCGAGAUGGCUGGUGGUUGGGAUUCAGAUGAAGAGGACCUAACGAUGAUGGACAUGGGAUCGAAGAAGUCUACUAUAAAGCGUUGGGAAUUUGACAAUGACGACGACUACGAGAAAUUCCAAGGAUCUCGCGAAGCGAUGCCAAAGGCAGCCUAUCAGUAUGGUGUAAAAACGGGCGAUGGUCGGAAGACCAGAAAAAGUGUGGAUGUUAACAAGAAGAUUGAUAAGGAGUUGAAUCAGAUCACAAAGUUGAUAGAGAAACGCAAAGGAGCAUUAGAAGAGGACAGUUUCAGAGAUUAUAAACGUCCGAAGUUCUAG